AUGUCAAAUUCUAACAAAACCGACUUCACCAACCCUUCCACGUUCAUCCUGCUGGGCAUUCCUGGCCUGGAGAUGGCCCAUGUCUGGAUCUCAAUCCCCUUCUGCACCAUAUAUAUAUUAGCUGUCUUGGGGAACUUCACCAUCCUGUUCAUUGUGAAGAUAGAGCUGAGCCUCCAUGGGCCCAUGUACUAUUUCCUCUGCAUGCUGGCUGUCUCCGACCUGGUCCUGUCUACAUCUAUCCUACCCAAGACGCUGAGUAUCUUCUGGUUUAACUCAAGAGAGAUAGAUUUCAGUGCCUGCCUCACCCAGAUGUACUUUAUCCACUGCUUCUCAUCGAUGGAGUCUGGGAUAUUCGUGGCCAUGGCUUUUGAUCGCUAUGUGGCCAUCUGUGAUCCCCUGAGACAUUCCACCAUCCUGACAAACCCUGUGGUGGCCAAGAUCAUCCUGGCCGUGGUGCUGCGUGGGAGCAUGCUCUCUCUGCCCUCUCUCCUCCUGGUGAGGCAGUGGCAAUAUUGCAGAACCAAUAUUAUCCCCCACUCGUACUGCGAGCACGUAGCUGUGGUGAAACUGGCCUGCACUGACAUCCGCAUCAGUAGUUACUACAGCCUCUCUGUGGCAUUCUUGGUGACUGGUCUGGAUGGUUUUUUUAUCACCGUAUCCUAUAUCCAGAUCCUCAGGGCCAUCUUCAGGCUCCCCACAAAGGAUGCCCGGCUUAAGACUUUUGGGACCUGCGUCUCCCAUCUUUGUGCCAUCUUAACCUUUUACAUCCCAAAAUUUUUCUCCUCCCUCACACACCGUUUUGGCCACAAUGUGCCCCUGCAUUUCUUCAUUCUCGGUGCCAACGUUUAUCUUCUGGUGCCCCCAUUGCUACAUCCCCUCAUCUACGGGUUGAGGACCAAAGCGAUCCGCGACAGGCUGCUACAGCUCUUCACUCAUAAAGGGGUGUAA